AUGUUACCCAUGAAAUUUUUAUUUUUGAUAGUUUGUCUUUUGUUUUGUGAAGAUUUAAAAGAUUUGUUAAAAGAAAGACUCAACAGAGAGAAAUUUGAACCUGUAAGUGCUGGUUUUUUACAAAAUAAGUAUAAUAUUGCUUAUAAGAUUAUAUUUAAUUAUACAAAUUUAAAAUGUAGAACAUUUGAGUUAGGAAAUAGUAACGCGAUCACUAUCUUUAAACAAAAAAAAUUUUUAGAAUCCGAAUAUAAUUUUUUUCCCGAUUUAGAAACCGAAAUACUUAAAAAUAUUUAUUUCAACAAAAAUGAAGAAAAAAAUUCUACUGUACAUUUUACAUUUUUUAACAUUUAUGAUAAAAAAAUACAAAAUAUAUAUCAACAGACAUUUAAUUCUAUCAUAAGAGAACAUCCAAAUUUAUGUAUAAUUCCAGAAUUGGAUUUAUGCAGUUUUCCACAACUUAGUUGGAAUUUUUUAACUUUAGAUGAAAAUUAUCAGCCAGCAUUUCAUAUUCCAUGUAUCAAAUAUGGUAGAAUAGAUACAAUAAAAAUAGCAGGGAAAGAUCUUAAUCUAGUAGAUCACUUUAAAAAUAAUUUAUUACAAGUAAUAAAAUAUGACAUUGACCAAAAAGAGUUUAAUAGGUUUUUUGAUGAUUUUGAUUUUGUUAAAUUUGUAUAUUAUAAUCCGAUUAAUGAUAUUGGACUACUUGAUGAAUCAAAAAAGAUUUGUGAAGCGGAAAAAGAUGAGUGUUAUGAUAUAAAUGAGUGCUUAGAUUGUCAACGGAAAAACAUAACUGCUGAUUGGAACGAGAAAAUGGAACAAAAUCAAGAAUCAAAAGAUAUUCUUAGUGAAUCUGAAAAAUUUAUUGAUGAAUUUUUAAAUAUUACCUCGGCCAAAGCAUGUGCAAUUAUGAUUUUGUAUAAUACACUUUCAAAGGAUACCAUCAGGGCUAUCAUUGAUAGAAUUGCUAGUGAUACAU